ACAACAAAGAUGGCGGGAGGAAACAGCAACUACUGGGAAGAUUUGCGAAAGCAGGCCAGACAGUUGGAAAAUGAGCUCGACCUGAAAUUGGUGUCAUUCAGCAAGCUUUGCACCAGCUACAGCAGUUCUCGAGAUGGUCGGCGAGGAGACAGCUCUGACACAACACCCCUUCUUAAUAACUCUACUCAAGACAGAAUGUUUGAGACCAUGUCAGUAGAGAUUGAGCAACUUCUUGCAAAGCUUACAGGGGUGAAUGAUAAGAUGGCAGAGUACACUAGCACUCCAGGUGUGACAUCGCUCAAUGCUGCACUGAUGCACACGCUCCAGAGGCACAGAGACAUACUACAGGAUUACACGCAUGAGUUUCACAAAACCAAAUCCAACUUUUUAGCGGUGCGAGAGAGAGAGGAUCUUCUUGGGUCUGUCAGGAAAGACAUCGAGACAUAUAAGAGUGGCUCAGGUGUGAACAACAGACGAACGGAGCUUUUCCUGAAGGAGCACGAGCACCUAAGAAACUCAGAUCGACUUAUUGAAGACACAAUAAGCAUUGCAAUGGCAACCAAGGAGAACAUGACAUCACAGCGUGGCAUGUUGAAGUCCAUUCAGAGCAGAGUGAACACUCUGGCUAAUCGGUUCCCUGCCAUUAACAGCCUCAUCCAGCGAAUCAACUUGAGGAAAAGGCGGGACUCGUUAAUUCUGGGCGGAGUCAUUGGCAUCUGCACCAUUAUUCUGCUGCUUUACGCAUUUCACUGAUUGCCUGAGGAUCUGACCCAUUAAUUUUUGGGGUUUUCUGCAAGCAGUGACAGGGCCUUGGAGAAUAACCUCAGUGACAGGACCCUGGGGGCUAUCAAGCAGACUCCCAUUCGGCCUAAUCAGAUAACAGGAUUGAUUGUGGCCAGUAUGGACUACCUUACUUGUAUUUAGCAAUGGGAUGGAUGUAGCUCAUACAGCAUUUUUGUUUUUCUAUUGCAAACACGCUGUUCUGACACAGAUAAGGGACUGGAGACCAAAUAACUAAGACUAGAAUGGUUCGGUCUUAAAGAGCAAACUCUCACAUGGGUUUUAAAGAGGCUCUCUCUGACAAAGCACCAAAAAAUUGUGCUGUCACUGUUGAUUAUUGGGGUAAAGAAGAUUUUAACAUGUGGCCCUUUAAGUGAAGGGGGGGAUGUUCUUUAUCUUCUGUACCUUGUGAUUUAAUAAAUUAUUCAUAUACGGGAUAUUCAAGUGUCACUGUAGGCGCUUCUAAAAUUUUUAUGUUUCAAAGAUUUCUAAACUUUCUUAAAGAUUUACUUUUUGCAGGUUAUGGACAGCUUGCUGUCAAACUAAAUUUAUUUGUAGCACAAACGGCUAUCGUUGGCCCAAACCCUUGUGUUUCUUCUUUGUGCUUUGGCUCAAUGAGUGUCAGAAGGAGAAAGAUACAACCAUGUUUCUGCAGACAGACAUGCUACGUGGUGGCCCGCACUGUAGCAAUCUCCUCUAAAUGCGUGUCUAAGAGAGAGGGCAACCAGCUGCAUGCUUUAUAUACCAGAAGAAAAGAAUGGGUCCACAGACAAAUCCACCAGGAUGGCAUCUAAAGGUUUGUAUCCUAAAAAAAAAAAGUCUGAACUGAAGCAAUCAGAGGCACUGCUUCAUCAACAUCUGGGAUUACAGCCUCCUUAAGAGUCUGCUGUGUGUAGCUCAAGGAGCUUCACUCAUUGCUUUUCCCACUUCUCAAAAUCUGGAAGCCUGUCAGAUUUGGUUCACCAUUGGUACAAAUGGCAGGCAACAGGUGGUGGUGCAUCCUUGUUUUUCAUCAUUUGCUUCCUUAUUUGUAGGUUGGGAGUUCACCAGAGAUCAUUUAGCACUCAUCAAAUCAGGUUUUCAACAACAAAUUGCUUAAAAUGUUAACCCUUCUCUCUAAAGUGAUACUGUGUCCAUCCUCUGGAAAUGUAGAUUUCUAAAAGAUUUUGCAAGUCCUGAGAAAGGCGAACAUUCAUCUCUGUCUAAGGUGAGCUUCAUGUCCGUGCUACAUGUAGCUUGACAAAUGAUCCCCACUCCCCAACCAAGGCCUGCAUAGCACUACUCAUUGGCAUAAUUUAUUUUUGAUGUCUGUCCCAGUUCAUGCAGUAUGGCCUGUACUGAUGUUCUUCGAGCUGGUUAAAGCGAAGGUGUCUCAUGCCCUGGGUUUUUGCAUAGGCAUACUAAGGCAUACUAAGACAGUGCGUUGCACACACUAAAAAAAGCUGUUGGAGCAGCAGUUCCGCGGCAACUUGCCAACUCACUUGUGUGAGGACAUUUUUUUGGCUGCCCAGGCCCUGUGGCACUCCUUUUGGGGGUUUAUCUAAAGAUUGCAGUCUCUCACUGUUUCUGCUCAGUACAGUUGCUAAAGUUCAGUAGAGAUAUUUAGGCAACAUUCGUGGUAGUAUAUCAGGAGAACUUUAGACAGACCUCGUAUAGUAGUGGAUGGUUUGUUCGCCAGUGGUGUCUGCUGAGGAAGCCACUUUAUUCCUUCUUUCUCUGUAAAUGCUGUAUAUAGUGAGUUAUACACUGCUAAAGUUGUACUUUCUAUUUUAUGCCUCUGUGGGGCUGUCCAGUUACACUAUCUAGAGUUUAGGGGAUUAUAACUGUAUAGCUUGAACUAGAUCUUCAAUCCUCUUAUAGGUUGUACUGUCCUUGCACAAAUCUCUCACAUGUUGACGUACUGGGAAAUUCCUUGAAUGCAAGAUAGUUAGUGGCAAUUUAAUGGCUUUACAGUGGUGCUUGAAAGUUUGUGAAGUCAUAAAAGUAGAUGAAGAAAAUCAAAUUAAACAAAUGAGAGAAAAAAAUAUAUGGAUAUUUAUUAAUUAAGGAAAAUGAGCCAAAAUUAGUUGCGAAUAGCCAAAGUGUGUGUGUGUGUGUGUGUACCUUUUGCUUUCAGUAUCUGUUGUGACCCCCUUGUGCAGCUCCAUACAGAAUAAGUCCAACUCUGGGAUGUUGGUGGGUUUCCUCACAUGCUUCUACAACAUUUGUAAUGGAUUAAGCCCAGCACUUUGACUUGGCCAUUCCAAAGCAUCAGCUUUCUUCUUAACCAUCCUUUGGUAGAUCAGCUUGUGUGCUUAGGGUCAUUGUCUUGCUGCAUGACCCACAUGUCGUGAUAUUUUCAUGUAGAAUUUGCAGAUAUAAUUCUCAAUUUUGUUCCAUACAAUGUCUGCAAGCCAUCCUGGCCCAGCCCAAACCAUGAUACCGCCACCACUUUGUUUCACAGAUAUGAUAAGGUUCUAAUGUUUGGAGAAAACACUGCAUUCCAGUACAUCACUUCUCAUUUAAACCCAAAAGUUCUGUUUUGGUCUCAUCUAUUUGCAGAAUAUUUUUUAAUUGUUUGCUGGCUUGUCCACAUCAUCUUUAGCAAACUGCAAAUGUGCAGCAGUGCUCUUUUUGGAGAGCAGUGGCUUUCUCAUGAACAAUAACACUGAUUUAACAUUGACUUAAUGUUAACUCAUGAUCACUGACAUUGACCAAUGUGAAGUCACUCUGGGUUCCUAGGUUCCUUGGUUCCUUAGACCUCACAGACUACUGCUCUUGGACUGGUACAUUGUUGGUCAACCACUCCUGAGGAGGCCAACAGUGGUUUGUCCGUUUGUAUGCAAUCUGUUUGUUUGUGGGUUGGAAGUUUUUUUAAUGAGAGAGUUUUAUAACAUAUUCCAGCCUGAUGAUCAACUUUUUUUCUUUUCUUUGAGGUCCUCAGAAAUCUUCUUUGUUCAUGCCAUGAUGUACUGUGCUGUUAACAUGAGACUUUGAAAGUUCCCUGUUCUUUAAAUAAAACCUGGCACCCAAGCACACCUGAUUAUCUUACUGGCCUGACACUAAUUCCAUCUUCAAAUUUAACUUCCUAGAGGUUCACAUACAUUUGCCACUCAUUGGUAUGUAAUAUUGGAUCAUUUUCCUCAAUAAAUAAAUAAAUGACCAAAUAUAAUAUUUUGCCUCAUUUGUAGUUCUCUUCAUCUACUUUUAGGACUUGUGUGAAAACUUGAGACGCCUUACACCUUUUUUGGUAUUUAUGCAGAAAUUUAGAAAUUUCCAAAUGGUUCACAAACUUUCAAGCACCACUAUAAAUGUAGUGGAUGUAAAGAUUUUUUUAGGUUUCACUUGGGAUCCCAUCAGGACUUCAGGAAGGCAGUCAUUGCUUUAAGAUGCAUUUUGUCUGAAACCAGUAUAUCACAUUUGGCUCACUGAUUUAAAUCGUGUGUAUGGGUGUGGAAAAAGUGUCACACUAUAACCCAGCAAGAAGUUGGACGUGACGGCAGGCACCGGGCGUUGACAGAACGCUAAAUCAGCUUUUAGCCUGUUAGUCAGGUUCCCUGUACUCAUGCGUUCCGUCAUAAAGCAGCCAUCCUGCUGCUCUAGCUGCUUAACCCAAUGUAGGGAUGUCAGAUUGUGUCACAUACAAAUAAUGAUAAAAUGUGUUACCCGGCACCUGAGAAAAGCAUGCACCUUUUUGCUUUUCACCAUCAAUCACAUCAAGGUUAAUUGGCUCCUGACUCCUUUGGUUAUAAUAAACCAUUGCCAGCCUUUAUUGUUAAUUUCUGCCCAGGUUUAAAAUUGGGAGUUGGCAAUAGGAACCUUGGCUUACUUUCCCCUAAACACCAGCAAGCUUUUGACAACUCGAAAGAUUCUGAUCCUUUGAUGUGGUUAUUGGAGCAAGACAACCAUGUAGAAGUAAAUGUCAUUGUAGUCCUCUCAAGGUGAUGUGUGGAGAUGGAGAAACCGUCAGCAGAAGAGACACAUAAAGGUGUAGCACAUAGCUACAUUCUAUACAGGCCUAACUAAUUUAAUGUGCAGCAUGUGUGGAUCAAACUCAAGAUUGUUUUAUAUACAUUUUCCCUGAGGAUUAUGGUUAUAAAUUUCAUUGUGAUUUGACAGUGAACUGUUCAGUCCUGAAUGCAAUAAAUGCUGUUAGUUUACUCCCUGCGUUAUGCAUAGGUUAUGGCCUGUUUUCAUCUUUCAUUAAGCCAAA